UUUUAAGACUGAAUUCUGAAAACAGCCCAAUAUGCAGUGGUUUCUAUGUUGUCUGCUGACUCUAAAUAUAUCAUUGGUGACAUGUUAUCUGGGUAUAACUUAUAAUUUAAAAGAUUGCAUGGAUAUUCCCCCUGUCAGGUUUUGUGGUAAAGUCGCCAGGAUUAGACCUCCCAUUGUCCUUUACUUCUACCACAGCAGUAAUGGUCAAUGUGAACCGUUUCUAUGGUCCGACUGUCCAAACGCCCACUCCAAGAACUUAUUCCAAAGCAAGAGCGAGUGUGAGACUGUCUGCAAAGAUCCAUUGACCGUCAUAGAUAUCAAUCAGGAAAUGCAAUAAAUCGUUCUUUUUCCUUCU